GCGCCAGCCGUGAGGGCCUGGACACCUUUAGGGCGUUGGCAACGCAGCGCGGGAUCUGCCUGUCCCAGUCCCUGCCGGUGCCCGCGGAUGCCGUCGACGCCGACUACGAAGACACGGUCACGGCCCUCAUGGACACGCCCAAGGCCAAGGUGGUGAUAUGCUUCUGUGCCACGGGCACUGUCAAAGGACUUCUGGCCGCCAUGCGCAGACAGAACGUCUCCGGCCACUUCAUUCUGGUCGCCAGUGACGCCUGGACGACCGAUUCGACGAAACUGGCCGAUCUAGAAGAAGACGCUGUUGGCAGUUUGGUGCUGCGCGUGCACUCGGAUCACGACGCUGCCUUCGAGUCGUACUACACGUCCCUAGACCCUUCCAAGAACUGGAGAGACCCCUGGUUCCCGGAGUUCUGGGAGACCAAGUUCCGGUGCAGCCUGAACGGGACGCCAUCCGACGACAACACGUACCAGAAACCAUGCACAGGCGAGGAGUGUCUGUGCGACAACUACGUGCAAGACCCCAAGCUAGACGGGGUCAGGAAGGGCAUCUACCUGGUCGCCCACGCUCUUGACCGCAUGGUGCGGGAACACUGCCCCGACAACGACACCGACUGCGCGCGCAAGGUGCAAGUCACGGCGCCGCAGUUUCUGGAGUACCUGGACAACGGGACGUCUCAUCUCCUGAACGGAACGUUUCCCCCGUGCAACAGAACGCAGCACUCGGAGAACGGGACCGCUGGCUGCAAUGCGACGAGUCCUGUUCGGUACGACAUCAUGAACUUCCAGAGGUCAAACGAGACAGGUUACGAAUUCGUGCUCGUCGGCACCUGGGGCGACGAUGGGCUGCGGAUGAUCAGCGAGCCCCAGUGGCGCGACGCUCAAGACGGGGUACCGGUGUCCCGCUGUUCGACACCCUGCACCAAGGGCCACGUCAUGUUGCAGGAAUCAACGUUAAACCUUUGUUGCUGGAAGUGCAUCGAGUGCGGCGACUACCAGUAUGUGGCGACCCCCUACCGCUGCUUAGACUGCGAGGAAGGCAUGUGGCCUAACGCUAACCACGACGGCUGCGACAGCAUCCCACAGAAGUACCUGCAGUGGACCGAGACCGCGAGCAUCAUCGUCAUGGUCGUGUGCAGCUUUGUCAUGCUGUCGACGGGAGCGGUGGCCACCAUCUAUAUCCGCUACAUCACCACUCCGCUCAUCAAGGCCUCCUCCAGAGAACUGUCCUUCGUCGUCCUCAUGGGAAUCCUGUGUGCCACCGCCAGCACGUUCGCCGUCCUCGCCAAGCCUACUCCGAUUGUCUGCGCCAUCGAACGCUUCAUGCCAGCGUUCGGAGUAGCCACCAUCCACGCUGCCAUCUUCACCAAGACCAACCGCAUCGCUCGGAUUCUAGCCGUUAAGGAGUCCAAGAUGUUCUCUCGCAAACGCCGCUUCAUGAGCACGACGUCUCAGCUCGUCAUUACGGGACUGCUAAUCCUGGGCCAGGCCAUCGUGUCCGGAACGAUGCUUGCCAUCGAACCGCCCGGUGCGCAAGACUUCUUCGCGGCACCGAACCAGGUCUCGCUCAUCUGCAACACCUCGGAACUUGCAAACUUCCUGGGUCUCAGCUACGACUUCCUGCUCAUUCUACUGUGCACCGUGUGGGCCGUAAAAACGAGGAACGUGCCCGAAAAUUUCAACGAAGCCAAGAUGAUCGGCUUCGCCAUGUACGCCACGGUGGUCAUUUGGAUCGCCUAUCUGGCCGUUUACUGCGGCAGCGAAAGAAACCGGGAAUUGUCCCUGUGCCUUGCGAUGAACGUGUCUUCUUUCAUGGUGCUCAUGUUUCUGUUCAUCCCAAAAAUCUACAUCGUGCUUUUCCAUCCAGAAAAAAACGUGCGGUCCAAGUUCCUCACGUUCAAGCAAGACAUCGGCAAGGAAGCGGUGAGCACCGUUGAAAAGACCACCGUCUUGUACGGUUAUGGCAGCAGAGAAGCCGAACGCCCGACGGCAGCUCCAAGGUAGCCUCUACUGCGUCUCCUUCCGUGCAUGCUGAAGUCAGGGACGUUGAUGUUACGCCAAGGCGCUGACGUAGGCGCAGUGCCACGAUGUGUCGCAAACGAGGAAGUGCCAAAGAGAACGACAGCAUGAACAGCUACAUAAAAAAAAAAAAAAACGCUAGUGACCAUCGAUGGGUGCUGGUGGUAGCGCAGCUGUAUCAUACUCGAAAAAGGAACUUUGCGUCUAGUUCCGUCCAACUUCCGCUUCUGAUUGAACGACAGGAAGCUAUGUAUUCAAUAUGUGCACCACUCGAUUCAUUGUGAAUGUCAAAGGACGUGACCUUGCUCCAGCCCUUCCACGCAGUAAUCGUUGUUAUUGAUCGCACUGAGUGAGUUCAUUUCACUUCAGGCAGGCUAAAUAAUUUCAUUUUUAAUCUUGACGGAAAAGAAAUAUAUUUCGGGAAUAUUUCUGAAGCAAACAAAAAAGUCCAGUUCAUUCUUUUAAUGAAAAAUUGAUGCGGCAGAGGUAAAACCUGACUCUAGUAGAGUAGUCGUCUACGUGUUCCUCUUCUCUGUCCUUGUCCCUAUGUGCGCAACUGUAACUAUGUUUAAAACCUGACGCCUUUCCUGCUUGUUGAGGAUCGGAUUUUUGUCCUUCCCUUUCCUUCCUACCUAAGCGACUAAGCUCCAACGCUUUUGAGACCGUCUCGAAAUAGGAAUUAUCAUGCCCAGUGACUUCACAUGUUUACUAAAAUGUUAAACUUAAUGAAUGUCAUACUUUCCAUCUGAGGAUUUCGGCAAGGUUUGGCAAACUGUGCGGUGUGACCUGAUUGAGGUUUCCUAUAAUGUCAAUAUCUCUCGAAACUGCAUAAUUAUCUUAUUUUAUUGAUCAUAAAUUCAAUAUUGUGUCACGAAGAAAGGAAGUGUUGCGUGUAAUUGAAUAAACGGUUGUUUCAAAA